UGCAACUUCAACCGAUCUCAACCACCGCCUCCGCCGUGGUUUGCUAAAAUGGGCCUAAACUCGAACAGAGUCGAGAAUUUCUCAGACACAGAAGCGCCGCCGCUGCCAAUGCAAAUGCCGCCGCGGGAGGUUCACAGAGUCUGCCCGCCGCCGCCAAGAACCACCUCGCAGAAGCUCCGCCACCGCCUCUCCGAGAUAUUCUUCCCUGACGAUCCGCUCCACAAGUUCAAGGAUCAGUCGUGGUUUCGGAAACUCAUUCUGGGGCUGCAAUUCUUCUUCCCAAUUUUCGAUUGGGCACCCAAUUACAGCCUCCAGCUCUUCAAAUCCGACGUCGUUUCCGGCGUCACCAUUGCCAGCCUCGCCAUUCCCCAGGGGAUAAGUUAUGCAAAGCUUGCAAAUCUGCCACCGAUUAUUGGUUUAUACUCUAGCUUCGUUCCGCCGUUGAUAUAUUCAGUUCUCGGGAGCUCCAGGCAUCUGGCGGUCGGCCCUGUGUCGAUAGCUUCCCUUGUGAUGGGAACAAUGCUCAGUGAAGUAGUUCCCUACAGCGACGAACCGGCCCUCUACCUUAAGCUGGCUUUCACAGCCACAUUCUUUGCAGGGGUGUUUCAAGCUUCUCUAGGCUUUCUCAGAUUGGGAUUUGUUAUUGAUUUUCUGUCGAAGGCGACUCUUGUUGGCUUCAUGGCCGGUGCAGCAGUGAUCGUCUCGUUGCAGCAGUUGAAAGGGCUGCUUGGGAUAGUCCAUUUCACUACCAAAAUGCAACUGGUUCCUGUGUUGUCUUCUGCCUUCCAUCAUACAGAUGAGUGGUCUUGGCAAACCAUUGUGAUGGGGGUCGCUUUUCUGGCGCUGUUGCUGAUAACAAGGCAGAUCAGCAUGAGACGGCCUAAACUCUUUUGGGUAUCAGCUGCUGCUCCAUUAGCAUCAGUGAUUCUGUCGACCAUACUAGUCGUCUGCUUCAAAUCCAAACUCCACGGGAUCAAGACAAUUGGGAAAUUGCCUAAGGGCCUGAAUCCACCUUCUUCAAACAUGCUGUAUUUUAGUGGCCCUCAUCUUGCUUUAGCAAUCAAAACCGGAAUCAUAACCGGAAUACUUUCUCUCACAGAAGGGAUUGCUGUUGGAAGGACAUUUGCCAGUCUCAAAAACUACCAAGUUGAUGGUAACAAAGAAAUGAUGGCCAUCGGCCUAAUGAACAUGGCUGGCUCUUGCUCGUCUUGCUACGUCACCACUGGAUCAUUUUCGCGAUCAGCUGUGAACUACAACGCUGGUGCACAGACUGUCGUCUCAAACAUAGUAAUGGCUGCAGCAGUGCUCGUGACGUUGCUGUUCCUCAUGCCGUUGUUCUACUACACCCCCAACCUCAUCCUGGCAGCCAUUAUCAUCACUGCUGUGGUCGGCCUGAUAGACUAUCAAGCAGCGUACAAACUGUGGAAAGUCGACAAACUUGACUUCUUGGCUUGCUUGUGUUCAUUCUUUGGCGUUCUGUUCAUCUCAGUGCCUCUCGGUCUCGCUAUAGCAGUUGGAGUUUCGGUUUUCAAGAUCUUGUUACACGUGACAAGGCCAAACACGGUUGUGCUCGGAAACAUGCCAAGAACUCAGAUAUAUCAGAAUCUCAAUCAAUACAGAGAGGCUGUUAGAGUUCCUUCAUUCUUGAUCAUGGCAGUUGAGGCACCAAUCUACUUUGCAAAUUCCACUUACUUACAAGAAAGGAUACUGCGAUGGAUACGAGAGGAGGAAGAGUGGCUGGCCGCAAACGACAGAAGCAACUUGAAAUGUGUCAUACUAGAUAUGACUGCUGUGACAGCAAUAGACACAAGUGGGAUUGACACAAUCAGUGAGCUGAGAAAGAUGCUAGAGAAGAGAUCACUCAAGUUUGUGCUGGUGAAUCCUGUGGGAAGUGUGAUGGAGAAACUGCAAGAAUCCAACACUUUGGAAUCCUUUGGAUUUGAUGGGCUGUAUGUGAGUGUUGGAGAAGCCGUGACCGACAUUUCGGCUGCGUGGAAAGCUCAGCCUUGAACAACAUCAGCAGUGGCUUCCAUAACCAUAUAUAAAUAUAUGAGUAGGAUUGAAGGAGUUCUUGGUUUCUUCAAGAGGAGUUGAAGCCAUAUAUAUAUCAAAUAUAAAUAUGUAUGCAAUGGCAAUGGCAACGUGCUCAAUAUACCUAACUAGUCCUGAGAAAUUUUGUAAUCUAAUUAUUUUCUCUUAUAUUAAUUGAUGAUUAGCUUUCUUUCUAGCUA